GCGUGAGGCACGGGCUGCCUGUCAGCUGCAAGGAGGAGACCUGCUGAGUGUCACCGACCCUGAAGAGCAGAACUACAUAAGUAACUUAAGCAGUGAGUAGACAUUUCUCUGGGGACCUUGUAGGAAACCUGUAGUUCGAUUUCUUCUUUAGCCGUGAAAAAGGGGUAGACUUUAGAGCUUGAUACUCUGUGUGAUACCUCUCCCAUUGCUGCUUGCGAGGCUUCGUCAGAUAACACACUUCAGUAGAGCUGUUUGAAAAAGCAAGGGUGAAGGUAAGUUACCACCUUAAUAACCUGAGUACAGAGGUGGUGGUAUGUGUUAUGUGAAGGUGUAAUUGUCUUAAUUCUCCCUCCCCACAGAGACUCCCAUUCAUUCUUGCAGCUGUGGUUGUGGAGUGUGUUUGUUUUCUUUGGAGAAUUAUACAAAUAUUUGCCUUCUCUGCAAUGUGCCCUGGUGUCCCUUUCUCCUGUUAAGUUUUCUUUGCAAGCUUGAAUUCACCAAAUGUGAAUGACGAGAACGUUUCUCCAGACUUGAAGGCAGUUAAAUGCCAGGGACGUGAUGCUGUGGAUGGGCCUGAAUCGCCUGGAGGAAGAUGCUGGCUGGCAGUGGUCAGAUGGAGCACCGCUAGUGUUUGUGAACUGGAGAGCAAGUACUUGAUGUUCCUCUUGGAUAUGUUAUAGCAGUGUAAUUAUUGCUCUCUGUAACUGCAGCUUGAUACAAGACUGGUGUUCCUACGCUGCGUUUGAAAAGUGAAUCAAGUGAACAAGUGUACCUCUCUUUUUUUGUAGAAAUAUUUAUUCAUAUUCAUGAACUAAAAGCCCCUUCUAGGGACUUGGCAUCAAUUGAGAUGGAUCUGUUCAGAGCAUUAAUGAUCUAGCCCUUUUGUCAUUUACUUUUAAAGGUGUUUUUAAGAUUCCAGUUGCACAUUUGAAAGCUAUGCUCUAGCUGGUUUCGUGGAGGAAAGGAGUUUCAAUUUGUUUACAUUAACAUGCUAUAAUUAACAUUAGCCCAUUAGCAUAAGCUUUGUGACUUGGUUUGCUACAUUUUGAAGUCCGCCUUUUGAGGCGGAUAGACACUAGAGCUUAUUUCAGCCUCCCAUCUGAUAGCAGCAGCCAAGGAAGGAUUGCCACACAUGUAUAAAUCAUGGUCAAUGUUCAGCUGUCCAUAGUACUGGUGUAACAGUACUAGAAGUUUGGGUGUGCAGGGAUGUUUGUACCUUCAUUCAAUAAGAUGCAGAGAGCCCUACAGCACUAUUUGACAAGUAAGAACUGAUUUUUUGUAAUUUUAUGCUUCUCAAAAAUGUGUUUGCAGAUGUCUCUGAUAACCGUUUUAGAGAGAAUCAUUGUGCAGUGAUUAAUUCAAAACUGAAGUAUGGCUGGCAAAGUUAUUUAUGUGAAUCUGGAUUGCCUUUUGUAUGCAAAAAAUAUUUAAAUGAGACAGAGCAUGAAACAUUGGAUACGUGGAAGUAUUAUGCCACUCGUUGUGAUGCUGGCUGGUACCCACACAAUCGCAACUGCUACAGACUUCAUAAAGAGGAGAAGAGCUGGAACGAUGCUUUUAUCUCAUGCCAAAGUGACAACAGCGGGCUCAUUAGUAUAUCCUCCAUGGCAGAUGCAGAGCUGCUCCUUAACUUGCUUGAAAGUGAAAAUGUAACUGAAACAUGGAUUGGGUUAUACAGUAAUAACACCCCCAUUGUUUUUGAGUGGUCAGAUAGCACCCCAGUAAAAUUCUCUAACUGGCACAGCCAGGAACCUAACACCUUUCAAAGAACAGGACAACUCUGUGUUUCAGCACAAGGAUCUGAAGGACAUUGGAAGGUUAAAAAAUGUGAAGACAGAUCUUUCUACAUUUGCAAAAAAGCAGGGGAAUUUAAUAAUGUCUCUCCUGAACUGGAAUCAAGUUGUCCAGAGGGAUGGGAAAGACAUGGUGGAUAUUGUUACAAAAUCGACAGUACCCCUCGAAGUUUUGAACAUGCUUCCAGUGGUUAUUUCUGCCCAUCUGCACUUGUAUCAGUAACAAACAGGUUUGAACAAGCUUUUAUCAACAGCAUGAUCCGUAGCAUGGUAAAAUCUGAGAGAAUGUAUUUUUGGAUAGGAUUGCAAGACCUUAACAACACAGGAGAAUACUUUUGGCUAAGUACAGCAGGAAAUAAUCACUCUGUGAGAUACACAAACUGGAACAAGUACCAGCCACGUCAUUCUGGAGGAUGUGUGGCUAUGCGAGGUCAGCACCCUGUUGGUUAUUGGGAGGUGAAAAGUUGUAAGAACUUCAAAGCAAUGUCAUUGUGCAAGCAAAAAAUCAAUUCUUAUGAAGAACCUGAACUUACUUUUCAAAAACAUUUGAGUUCCUGCUAUUUUGGAUGGGAGUCAGAAGCUAAUCUGCUCAACUGCUACAAGAUAUUUCACAAUGAAAAAGUUCUGAUGAGAAGAACAUGGGAGGAAGCAGAAGCGUUAUGCCAAGAUUUUGGAGCACAUCUUGCUAGUUUUAGCCAUAUCUAUGAAGAGACAUUUUUAAACAAUUUAUUAUACACAAUUUUUGAUAGGACAGAAGACAGACAGUUCUGGAUUGGAUUUAAUAAAAGAAACCUGCUUUCUGGAGGGACAUGGCAGUGGUCUGACAGAACACCUGUUGUAUCUUCAUUUUUGGAAAGCAAGUAUGUUGAAGAUGACUCAAGAAACUGUGGUGUGUUCAAAGUAAAUAGAACGGUCUUUCCAGCACACUGCAAUGAAAAGCGUGAAUGGAUAUGCAAAAUACCAAAAGGUGUUAAACCAAAGAAUCCAGAUUGGUACAUAGCUGAACUGCCGUGGAUGUAUUAUCAAGGAGCAGAAUACCUUUUCCAUGUCAGUCCUACGGACUGGGAAACCUAUGAGUUUGUCUGUGGCUGGCUUCGCAGUGGAAUGGCAACAAUAAAUUCCUCUGGUGAACAAGCCUUUAUUCAAAAUAAAAUUAAGAAGCUAUCGAAUAGUGAUGUUCACUGGUGGAUUGGACUGCACGCAGAAAACCUCAGUGAUGAAUUUCGCUGGAGAGAUGAAUCACCAGUAACAUACCAGAACUGGAAUGAAGGGAGGGAAAGAAAUCCGCAGAAACCAGGGAAAAGAUGUGGCUUCAUUUCAUCACAAACAGGACUCUGGGGUGAUGAAAACUGCACUGUCUCUCUUCCCUGUAUUUGUAAACGUAAAUUUGCAUGGAAAAUAGAGAAAGAGAUUCCAAAAGACCAGAACCAACAAGGAGUAUGUCCCAAAGGCUGGUUGCACUUUGGAUUCAAAUGCUUUUUGAUACAAAUUCCAAAGGAUCCAGGGCAUCUGAGAAACUGGUACUCUGCACAAGAGUUCUGCAGUAGCUAUGAUGGGUCACUCGCUUCCCUUGAAGAUGAACUGGAACAAGCUUUCAUAACAAUGAAUCUAUUUGGACAGAAAACUAGUGUUUGGAUAGGUUUCCAGAGUGAUGAUUAUGAAAAAUGGGUGAAUGAAAAUCCUCCGAUGUAUUCCAACUGGUCUCCAGUUGAAGUAGUGCAUAGACAGCAUUAUAACAGUGCAAACAUUCAAGAACAACUUCCACUAUGUACAUUGGUAUCAAAUAACCCUAGUUUUUAUUUUACGGGAAAAUGGUACUUAGAAAACUGUCAGAAAAAUUACGGGUUUGUCUGCCAGAAGACUCAGGACACAUCCAGACAUGUCAUCAAUGCUUCUGAAAUGUACCCUGUGCCAGAUACUUUAGAAUAUGGGAACAGAACGUAUAAACUAAUACGCGGGAAUUUUACAUGGUCUUCAGCUUUAAAAACCUGCAUGGCAAACGGUGCGGAGUUGGUCAGCAUUACAGACCAGUAUCACCAAGCCUUCCUCACAGUCAUUGUGAAUCGGCUGGGCUACGACCACUGGAUCGGGCUGUUCACUUCGGACAACGGACUUAACUUUGAAUGGUCGGAUGGGACUAGGUCUUUGUUUACCUUCUGGGAAGACGACGAGUCCCAGGCCUUUGGCAGCUGUGUUUACAUUGAUACUUCGGGGCACUGGAAGAGUGCUAACUGCGAACGACUUCUGCGAGGAGCAGUUUGCCAUGUGCCACCUAAAAAGAAACUCACUGCCUAUAAAGGCUUAUGUUCAGAAAAAACUGUUCCCUGGAUCAAAUUCAAAAACAGUUGCUACAGCUUUUCCACAGUUCUGCAGGUCACAAGUUUUGAUACUGCAAAUGAAGUCUGCAAAAACCAAGGAUCAAAUCUUCUAACUAUUCAAGAUGAAGACGAAAAUGCCUUCAUUUUGGAAGAAUUACACAGUUUUGGUUAUUCUGUGCAAAUGGUUUGGUUGAAUAUCCUGCUUGUUACAGACAAUGAGACAGUCUCCUGGUUUGAUGGUUCUUCCUUAAAUUAUUCUAACUGGGGCAUCAGGGAGCCUGAAUUUGAUCAUCUCAGAGGGAAUUUCUGUAUCAGCCUGAGGACCACAGAUGGAGUCUGGCAAUUAUCUCCUUGCAGAGAGAAAAAGGGAUUUGUAUGUAAAAUGGAUGCAGAUAUCGAUGCAACAGAACCCUCUGAAAAAGCAUCAUACCGUGGGCUUGUAGCUCUGGCUGUUUUUGUGACGUUGGUGAUGCUGGCUGCCAUUUCACUUUUUCUGUGGUGCCUGUACAAACAGAAUAGCCGACUCUUCCGCAGGAUACUGUGGGUCAGAAACGCCUAUUUGCCACAGAUUAAUGCUGACACUCCUGCUUUGGAAGAAAGCAUCCUCAUUUCUGAUUUUGAGAGAAGUGACAACAAUUAAUUGAUCGGAAAUAGCAAGCGGUCAUGUCUUCCAUGUGAAACUCCACAACCUACAGCGGUUUUCUCCUUCUCAGGAGUCCCCUGGGGUACCCAUACCCAGAGAAACCCUCACAGCUAUCGGUAUGAAUGCAGUAGGGGCUCCCUACCUUGGAGAGUUUUUGCUUUGGGGCAGGAUGAUGUAAGGAUGCAAGGCAGAACCAUGGAGAAAUUGGCUCCUUCGGGACAAGCCGGGAACUGAAAAUACUCCCACGCCAUAAACCUCCAACUGCUCACGUGGAGUAGUCGUGUCCGAGACCCUAGAGCAGCGUGCCUUUUCAAGCAACUUUUUCCUUCAGGAACUUUAGGGCUUUUGUGUUUUGUUUUUAUGUUGCAGAAUCUGCUCAUGAGCCAGCAUUAACAUUUGGCCUUGAAUUUAGGAACUUGAACUCUGAAAUGUAAUCCAAGCAUUAUGGGGGUAGAUUUUUUUUCUUAAUAGCCAUUCCUUCUGCAAAAUGAACAGUUAUUUUUCAGACAGCGGAUUCUUGCCAGGUGGAUUUCCAAGCUUGCAGAGAGAUGAAGUCACUUUUGACUUGGGAGUGCCAGAGUUUUGCUAGUUUGGCCUGUGAUGCCUAGUUCAUGUUAUAACAUAAAUUAGUCUAGAGAUAAAAUGGCAUAUGGACUUUGUCGUCCUGAAGUUAAUAUAUUCAUUUGAGAUGCUUCCAGCAUCCUCUUAAGGAUUAACUAUGUGAUCUCUCACCUAGGUUAUUUCAGAAAUUGAAUCCUAUCAACCUCUUUUAAAGAUAUUUUUGAGCAGUAUCUGUUUGAAGAAAAAAACUGUUACAAAUCUUGCUGAAGUUAUGGUAAUAAAUUGCUUUACUGUUCUCCUACAGUAUUUCUGCAAGCAGUAUUCAUGUACGCUCUUCUGAGACCGUGCUCUCAAAAGCUAAGGACAAUACGUGGGGGAGCCACAUUGCUGUUCCCAAUGGGUGCUAUAGUCCUAUAACCGCAUGUAGCAGACACUCCGAAGGACACUUUUCAAUUUCAGUCUUCAACUAAGGUGCUAAUGAAGGGGAUGGAUUUUGCUGACCAGCUGUUCUGCAGGCUGAUGGUUGUGAAGGACCCAGCUCAGGUCUCUGCACUACCUCAGUUGCAGUGGCCCAGGACAGCAACGCUUACUGCCUGUGGGACUCCCACCACCCUAACCAGUCCUCCAGCCACGUCUGUGAAAAUACCCGUAAGGUUUGGGGGGAUUUUAUUUUUUAUUUUUUAUUACAUUGUGGAAAAACAAAUGGUUAGUCAUGAUGAGUUACUUCAGAAUGGAUCUACUGUGCCUUCAGUCAUCUCUAAAAGCUGCUGCGAAGGGCUGCGUUUAUUGUUGGGUUUGUUGGUUUGUUUGUUUUAAGAUGACUCAUUCUAACAAUUUUUGCAAGAGCCCUAAGAUGGAGGUAUGUUACUCAGAAUUAAGCAAGCAGCCAAGACCAACUGAAAUGUUUUUAUGUGGUAUUUGUGCACAUGCACAGGAAUGUAUGACUGCCUUUUAGUUAGAUUUCACAUGCCCAAUUCUAGAAACAAAAAUUGCCUGUUCACAUCACAAUUAUGUAUAUGGCUAUUUUAAAAAAAUUAUUUAGUACAUAGAAUAUUUCUGUGCUGGUUUACAGAACCAUUCAAAAAUGUUGUCAAAGAGGCUGCAGAUGUCUUUGAUCCCAAUAUAAUUUUCAGCUUACUGUUUUCGAUAACUUCUAUGGGUGUAGCUAUCACAAGUUCUUGAUGUGAGAUUUUUCCAUCAUAUAGAAUAUAAAUAGCUUUUCUGUGUAUAUUUUGUCUAAUGGUUUGACCCCAUACAUUAAUCUUAGUAAUGUUUUAAAAGUUUGGUUUUAGUCCUCUAGAUUUAUCUAUGGGACUGUUUUUAUGUGAAGUCCAUUAUUAGAGUUUGUGGACUAUAACUUCUGAGUACAAUUGCCAGAUAAUCUGCUGUUUGUAUGUAUGAACUGUGAUAGCUUCUUUACCACCAAAAAAAAAAGAUGAAAAAAGGUUGUGACCAUUUCUCCCUUCCCUGUGAGAAUUUCACCUAUUUAAACUACAGUUGGAGGAACUUAAACCAACAAAUCCCCUUUAUCACAUUCACUGACAAGUGUGUAAUUGCUGCCUUCUUACAGCAAGCAGAAUGGCUUGUAGGAUGUUUUUUGUUUGCAAGAGUAAGCUGCAUCAUCUUUGAGGACAUGUAUUUAUCAGGCUGCGGUGCUGUUGCCUAGUUAUGCAGACCCUUGUCAGAUUUUGAUGUGGUUGAUGAUGGUGUUUAAUUUUUUCCCAAAACUUGACAUAGGCUUUUUAUCAAUCUUCCUUGAGGUAUGUUGUAAUCAUUUAAAUAUAUUUGAAGGGCAGUGGUAUAAUAAAUAACCCUAACCUCAAAAUAGUGAUCGUUAAUUAACAUCAACUCUGAUGUAGAUGAUCUUGCACUAAGGGAAAAAUAGUUCAAGCAGUGUUUUCUUCCUACUUUGAAAUGGUUUUGAGGGAAUAGACCCUUAAAUAUUUAUUUUUAAAUCUUUCAUCAUUUAAAUUCUAUAAUUGCAGGUAUUAUUCACUCAAGAAUGUAAUCAUUGAUUGCUUUUUGGUCCUCGUUCUGGAUUUUGUUACCGUAGCUUUUGUUUGGUUUCCCUUAAUCAGAAUUCUCCUAUACUGUUCCUGAUCAGAGUAUGUGGUGACUGUUUUUACUGCUGACCUUGAUGAUAUUGGCAGUGAGGUUCACUGUAUUAUUUCAACUGGGAAAUUAAAGCGUGAAUGAUAAUUUUCUGUGCUGUAAUCUUUCUUGAAUCUUUCCCCAGCUUUAAUUAGCUGCCACGCUUUAGUGUCUCAUAACAGCAGUUCCCAGGCUUCACACUGGGUCAUGCUGGCAGGAGAGGGGCGGCUUGCACCAGCCUCCUCUCUGGCUACAUGGCUGGACCCAGACCUGAGCACUGCAGAUGAUCUCCACACGUGGGGGCUGCCGUGUUUCCGAGGGCAUGGACGAGGAUGCCUUGGGACCUGCAUGCAGGAGGUGCUGGGAGGAGGAAGGAGCCACAGCACCAUCAGU